GCUGUCUCGCUCUGCGGCACCCUUUCAGAGUAGCUCCGCCUGAAUAAAAAAAAAGAUGGAGGCUUGUCUCCGAUUCUCUUACAAUACGUGGCUCAUCUGGAAAAGGGAAAGCCGUGACAGGAAUGUUUGCUGGGGCUACGGUAUCAGCUGAAGUGUAGAACAGAAGCACUAGACUGCAUCAUCGAGCUGGAUGGCAGGGACACACUGGUACAACAACUAUUGGAAUCACAACAGGGUAACGGGGCUCUCUAUGCUGUGGGACAAAUGAAAGCAGGAGCUGGUAGGCCCACGUGGGCAUUAGCUGCAUUACUUACUGGUGCAGCUUUGGUGAUUGUCUCCUCCAGAGGGGUGUCCAGUUCCAAGAAGAUUUUCCAGACAGCCAUGGCUCAUGCCACAGCCACAACCACUGGAUCAGGCACAUGGCUUCCAAAUGAGCUUUUAGGCUUCCAUGUCAUAUCUGACUUCUUUGCUUCAAUCGAACAUGCCGAUGUUUGGCUCUGCUCUCUGGUUGGGUCUGUUGCUGUAGGCCUCAGUGGAAUUUUCCCUCUCCUUAUAAUUCCUAUUGAGGCCGGAGCGUCCCUGAAGACAGAGGCUGGGUGUCGGAAGCUAAAGCAACUCCUGAGCUUUGCAAUUGGUGGUCUUCUGGGUGAUGUAUUCCUCCACCUGCUCCCAGAGGCUUGGUCACAUUCCUACUCCUGCAGAACAGAAAGUAGCCAUCACCUCUACCGGACCCAGGGCACAUGGGUCAUUGUGGGGAUGCUGUCCUUCCUUCUGUUGGAGAAGAUGUUUCCAGAUGACAACAGCCAGGAGGACUCCAAAUGGAAAUGUCAGCAGACCUUCCAUAGCUCAAGUUGUUUGGCCUCCCAUAUUAAUGGAUGUCAAUCUUAUACAUAUGGCUCAUCAUCCAAGCCAAAGAGCAGCUUGCAGCAAAUGCCAGAGAAAAUAAAGAUGAGUGGUUACCUGAACCUACUGGCAAACUGCAUUGAUAACUUCACGCAUGGCCUUGCUGUGUCAGGGAGCUUCCUGGUCAGCAGGAAGGUUGGAUUUCUCACCACCUUUGCUAUCCUGCUGCAUGAAAUUCCCCAUGAGGUGGGUGACUUUGCCAUCCUGCUACGUGCAGGGUUUGACCGCUGGAGUGCCGCCCGCAUGCAGCUGUCCACAGCAUUGGGAGGGGUGUUGGGUGCCUGUUUUGCUUUGUGUGCUCAGUCUCCUAGUGGAACAGAAAAUGCAACAUUGUGGAUCUUGCCAUUUUCCUCGGGAGGCUUCCUGUACAUAGCCUUGGUAAAUGUGUUACCUGACCUCCUUGAGGAGACCAGCGUUAGACACUCCCUGUUGCACAUCCUGCUCCUGUGCUGUGGCAUUGCAGUCAUGGCUUUCAUGUCUGCCAUUCUACAUUGAGCUGAAAGGACAUGUGCCUCACCAAAAUCAUCACAGUCACCUUAAAUGGGAUUGGAGAACUAUUUUGUAUAUUAAGACUUAAAUCUUCAGAUUGCACUCCACCUUCCUUUUAUUACAUGGAACUAUUGUUAGGAUGAUACUCCAUCUUGCCCCAAAAUACAUUUAGGUCCGGAAAUAUUUGGACACUGACACAAUCUUCAUAGUUUUGGCUCUGUAUGCCACCACAAUGGAUUUGAAA